CCCAAAAUUCCCAAAUGGAUUCCAAAGAAACACAACCACCACUGUCAACCGCCUCUCAACCACCGCAAUCAACGCCUUCGCAACCACCACAACCACCGCCACAACAAUCUCAACAUCCACCCCAGCAAUCAAAUAUCCCUCAACCUACAUUAACCCAAACACCUGAAAUCCCCCAAAACCCUAACCCUAACAAUAAUCCGCAAAUUCAAUCUUCAACAAAUCCCCUUCACCAUCAACAGCAACCAAUACACAACCACCAAUCUCAAAUCAGAGCUCCACCAAUGAACAACAGAAUCCGACCACCACCACCGCAACAACAACAACCACCACAAUCUUUAUCAACAUCACACUUCCCUUCUACCACUUCCACUCCGAUUCCAAACACUGUUACUUCGACACCGCAUCUUCAACGUGGUGGCGUUGCAAUCGGUGUACCAGCUCAUCCUUCAAGACCACCAACACCAUCAUCACAACAACAACCUUCUCAUUUCUCUUCGUUUGGUCCUUCUUCUUAUACUACUCAAUUUAGUCGGAAUCCUGUUAAUAUUCCUGAAACCCUAAUCCCUAAUCAGAUGAAAUCUGUACAUCCAGGAAUUCAGAAUAUUGGGAUGAUGGGUUCGAUUAGUUCGGGUUCGAUUAUGCGGCCGCCUGGGGGUUCAAUUUCACACCUUCAGAAUAGAGAUGCGGUGUCUACGCAGUCGUCUAUGAGACCACCAGUUUCGGCAACUAACCAAUCUCUAGCUGCUACUCAAAAGUAUCAAAGCCACGAACAACCUCAUGUUUUACAAAGAGUGACUACAACUAGUGCUCCAUCACCUGCUGCUCCAGCUGGUAUGCAACCACAUGUUACACAGCAGUGGAUGUCAUCCACAGGUCCAGGGAGACCAAUGCAUUCACCUACUUUAACAUCCCCUCCAUACAGGCAGCAGAUGAGACCACAAACCUUGUCACAAAGAUCACAUAUUCCUCAGCAGCACCCGCAUUCUUACUCAACAGUCUCGCAUCAGAUGCCAUCGGCUCCUCAGCAACAGCAACAGUCACAGCCACAACAACUACAACCCUCUCAGCCAAAUCAGUCACAAGAGCAUUACAAUCACCAAUUUCCACCAACAAGGAUUCAACAACAACCCUCACCACAUCCAGCAUUGGCUUCGAGAGGUUUAGCUCCAGGAAGCCUGAAAACUUCUACUACACCACCAUCUGGAGUUAACAACUCGCCAUUUAGUCAAGAUCCUGGGGAAACAAGUAACCAGAUUCUCAGUAAGAGAAGCAUCCACGAGUUAAUGACUCAGAUUGAUCCAUCAGAGAAGGUUGAUCCGGAGGUUGAGGACAUUCUGGUGGAUAUUGCAGAGGAUUUCGUCGAGUCGGUAACAACUUUUGCCUGUUCACUGGCCAAGCAUCGAAAAUCAAAUGUCUUGGAAGCAAAAGAUAUCCUUCUACAUUUAGAAAGAAACUGGAACAUGUCACUACCUGGGUUUGGUGGGGAUGAGAUAAAAAACUAUAAGAAGCCUUACACAAAUGAAAUUCACCGAGAGCGCCUUGCAGCGAUUAAGAAGUCAAUGGUGCUAUCCGAAGCUGCUGCACAUGUGAAGAACUCUGUCGGAGCUGCAACUGGAGCUGCAAAAGGCCAUACAGCAAAGGCAGCACCAGCUCCAUAAAGGAGUUAACCUAAGGUUUUCUUUUUUUGUCCUGGAAAAAGCGAAACAGCUGUAAAUUUCCAAUCAUACCCAUUUUUGAAGGGAAUGAAAUUUUUUUAUCGGAAGGAUAAAAAAAAAUUGCCUAAUUUCAGCCUCUUGUAUAGAGUACAAAAUUGACUCUUUUGAGUACAGGUACUGCUAUGCAAACCAAGACGGGAAGAACUAGUGUAAGCAUAUAGAAUUUUGAUUAAAGGGUAAUACCGUCAUUUACGGAUUAGAAGAAAAUUUAUAAAAAAUAAAAAAAAUCAACAUCUGUUUGUUUCCGUAUGAGAAAAACCAAAGUAGCCAAAUAUUUAGAAUUGAGUGGGUGCGUGCACUCCACCCGUCGGAAGAAUCCUUUAGUAAUAUAGGAAUUAUGCAAAAAAAAAAAAAAAUCGGCAACAAUGAUACGGCGGACGGUGGUUUGGUAUUGUCAUGAGACCGGUGCCUGAUGCGGCCAAUGGCAACCGAUACUCGUUUUGACCGGUCAAAGUAUACAAAUAUAGGUAGUAGACUAGUGUAAAUUCAAUCUUUAUCCCUGUGCACAGAAGAAUCCUUGGUACUCUCUCCUUCUUCUUCCUCACAUGUCUAAAAUCGGCAACCUUAGCCACCACCACCACUUCUUGAUUAGUUGUUGAUCUUCUUCUCAAUGUUCAUCUUCUUUCUUUAGUACCAUACCAAGAAUCUGAAUGGCUGAAAAAUGGGUUAACCAUCUACCUAACCAAAUACUAUUAUACACUGGGGAAAUCUAGUAAUUGAAGUUGAACUAAUUUGAUUCUGUAGUUGGAGAUUGAUUCAUUUCUUCUACUGAUUUUUCUUAUCUUAAGUCUCGAGAUCGAGAUACUACUGGUGCAAAUGUUGAUCUUGAGUUUAUUGCCAGGGCUAUCCAAGUUUGGAUUCUCUUGAGAUUCUUAAUGGUUGUAGGAUUUGAUGACUAUAGGUAUACUUGGUAACAGUUUCAUGAACAGAGAUGCAGUGGCUGCUCAUGUGGCAGCUUUUCUGCUUUCAAAAGUUCGGUGGGGAAAGUUGUGUUAGGUUCUUUGUGCAUCAGAGUAUUCUUUGAGAAGCUCAUGUUAAAUCCUAAACUCGAUGGGUGUCAUAAGUGCGUGGAUGAGGAUAUUGAGUCGUAUGCUGUGCUGCUAUCAAAGGGACCGGAACUGGCGAGGGAAUGAUCAAUUUUCAAUUUUGUGGCCCUAAGAAGAUGUCAUGGAUCUUGACUCAAGUAAGUUAACUUCAUGUUCAUUAUGGAAUGCCUGUUUUUUUUUUUUUACUUCAAGUAAUACCUAGCUAACACCUCUACUGCUACCGUGCACAAAUCAAACCACUUGAGACUGUUCAGACAGGCCCAUUCCGUUAUCAAAGGCCUAGGACUGAGAAAAACACACUUUCCGAUUUUGAUAAAUGAGGGUAGUGGUAGUAAUUAGGUAGAUAUGUAAUGUUCUUUUCUCUGCCCUAGGGUUUCUUAGUAGAAAGUUCCUCUCUCCUAUUUUUUUUACAUAAACCUCUGCAAUUGCAUCUGGGUAAGAUUUUACACCUUAAAUUUUUGUAAUUAAGGUGUGUUAGCAAGGAACUAUUGAAAAGUUUUGAUUACCUUUGAGUAUUUUGAUUAUCUUUGAGUAUUUUGACUACCUUUGAGUAUUUUGAACCUGAAUGGUGUAAUAGGAUGCCCCUUCUCUCUGUCUAAGCAAUUUCAGAGAAAUGCUGAAAAGAACCUCUGUUACCAAUGACAACCUAAAUCAAUAACCAGAAAAUCUCCUAGGAUUGUUCAACAGAAUAUGAACUCAAUUCAGGCCCAAAAAGAGAAAGGUAAAUAUGGAAUGUCUAAAUAUGAACCUGAAGAUCGUGAACUUCUGGCUUCAUCAGAAACUAUGAUGUCUGCCAUGAGGAUCUGUGAAAAGAGAGAAUGAUAUUGACAUAGCCGACACCUGUUUGAAGGACUCACAUGGCAACGAUGUACAUAUAGGGAGUUUGUCAUCUUGUUCUGAAUCUUGCCUACAAGCGCUUCGGAUCAAAGGAGAGUGGAAGGAUUUGAAUUUGUGGACAACUUUCAAGAUUCCAGAAGAGUAUAAAACUUUGUGUAACAUCUUUGAAAAGCAUGGGCGUACGGCAACCAAGAAAGUCAUCAAGUUCAGCGAUGCUAUGUUACUCACAUGUUUUACCAGUUUGUUGAAGAUUAUCUGUGCGAGGUGAAAUAGUGAAGUUGAAAUGGGUGUUAUUAUCAAUAGAUCAGUAAAUUUUAUGGCAGUAAAAUCUUUUGCUGGUGGGGAUCUAUUUCUGAACACCAGUCUGUCUACUAAUAUAAUCUGUUGAAGUUGUUAUUUAGAUGGUGCGGAUGUGAAUUAUCUUCAACCCAUUGCUACCUCAAUAGAAAGGGCAGUCUCUGGGGCUAAUUACAGCAAAAUUAGAUCUGGUUGAUUGAUUAUAUAUAUGUUUUCAUGUUUAUGCUGACCUUUUCUUAAUGGAAUUAGAACCACAAACUAGUUAUAAUCGCA